UAAUGUUGCUGGAAAACAAAUAUUUUACAAAGUCUUUGCACAGAAAUUGACGGCAUUGACUUUUUAAUCCUACAGAAUGGCAGAACAAGUGCCAGAACAAGAAGCUGAACGACCGCAUCAACAGGAAAGGAACGAUGAAAUUGUACCGAUUUACCUUGGCUUCCGAGAAGACAGAGGGCAGCAAGCCAUCGCUGGAUGUCCUCGAUUCCUUCUCAUUGUCCUCAGAUGUUCCCUUAGUUUUCUUGGGUUAUGGGGAAAUCAGUGCUGGAACUGGCUUCCUCGCAUAUUAUUCUUGGUGAUCAGCUUCUACCAAGUCGUUUACCGAAUGUACAUUGAUUUUGACUGUCCAAACUUCAACUGUCAUUUCAAACCGAAUUUAACAAGCGACAAAACCCUUCACGGUGUCGUAGCUACAGGGAAUGCUGUUUUCACAAUAGUCUCUUUUGCCGCUGUCAUUUCAUACAUACUCUUCAUCGGUUCUUUCUUCACUGCCAGUCGUUUAGAUUCAGCGCUGGUAUGUCCUUCAGAGACCUUGAUGAGAGACAUCAACAAAAGCGACGCGUGGUUGUUAUUUUUAGCGUAUGUUUUAAUUUUUGUGUCGUUUCUAGGCUUGGGUGCGUCGCUGUACACAUUACCGAAGACAAGUGAGAUCCGAGAUCCUCAUUACACCAUUGCCGUGAUGACUGGUACAGGUGCACAGCUUUUGGUCCACUUGGCAUCAAUCAACUCUUGCCAAGUCUUCGCCGUCAGUUCUUUGGCUAUAGGAACUUUUUCUCAAGAUGUCACCAGACUAAUUCGAAAUGUAAGGGGUGUUGAAGACGAAUCUAUAGAUGACAUCAUCGAAAUCCAUGAGGACCUCUGCAAAGUUGUUUUCAAUACAGUGUCAGCCUACAGUGUGUGGUUUGUGGUGCACUGGUUGACUUAUGGAGCUGGUGUGGUUGUAGCCGUCAUAUAUAUUUCAGAGGAAAUUAAAUAUGAUACGACAGCGUCGGAAUACAUUUUCGUUGGCAUGCUGCUGUUUUGUUGCUUCUACUUAUUCGUGUUCCCUUGUUAUUUUGCAGCCAGCAUUACAGGCAGCUGUGCUGGAAUAUACGAGGAAAUUAACCGUACCACAGUUUGGGAAACAGGACAUCCGUUUCGCCUACGUAACAACAUUGCUCUGUUUAUCUCUUACGCUAAGGAACGAAGCUGUGGGUUCAAAGUUGGUAGAAUAACGUUUAACACUUCUCUGGCCUGGUUUUCGUUUUUCUUUGGACUCACCGGCUUGUUAUAUCACUUUGUACAAAACUGAAUUGGAUUCGUUUGCUUUAACAAAUGCUCUCUGAUCAAAAAGCGGCGAACCCUUUUACUGCUGACCAGCGUCGCUCUCCCUAGUUCCCAUGCCCCACAACACAAUGUGUAAAAUAUACUAAGACCCGACUGGGAACGACCGUUUCUCUUGGUAUCACCUCUUAACGAGCUACCUACUCUUCGAACAAUUAUACGCUUUUUGAUUACAUAUUAAGUGCAGAGAACGAAUGCAGUGAACAACACCUACAAGUUACGCUCUCCAGUAAUAAAGGGUCUGAAUGGGGGGGUCAAAAUGUCGGUUGUCGGUUAAAAUUUCAUUACUUUGUCGGUUGUCGGUUAAGAUUUUUUACCUUUGUCGGUUGUCGGUAAAUCUCAGUUAAUAAUUAAAAAUACACGGUUUCUUUUACCAACGCUACAAGAAGACGGCGCGAACAUUGGUUGUCUUGGUUUAUUUUUAAAAAUACAUUUUAGCCCGGCAAAUUCUUUAUUUUAGCACGCAAAAUGCGCCACAAUGCCCAUCAAAGUGAUAAUAAUACAGUUUUUAGCCGGAAUUUAAAAGAAACUAUAUUUACA